AUGCUAAAUUUUCGCUAUGCCACGUGCAAAGAACUUAUACUGCUUUUUAUUGGAAUUGGUGUUUCGUUAGUGACUGGCGCAGGCUUACCGCUGAUGUCUCUACUCCAAGGAAGUAUAACUCAAGCAUUUGUUAAUGAGCAAAUGUAUAAGACAAACACAACACCAGGACCGUUUUUUCAUUACAAUGACACGGACUUUACCCAUGAUGUUAUGAAAGCGGUAUAUGGCUACACAGCUAUGGCUAUCGGAAUCUUUUUAGCCGCUAAUGUGCAGUUCGAACAUUCGAAAAAAUCCACUUUCGAAUCAUUCGUUUGUUCGAAUAUUCGGCGGACCUUCGAGUAUUGGAAUACUCGAACAACAGUCGCAAAAGAAUGUGAAAUGGUGACGCGAAUUCAAUUCGUUCUAUCUGCAGUAUACAUUGGAUCAAAUCGAAUGAAUAUUCGACCGUUCGAUUAA